UUUUUAAUCUGUGCAUUCGUAAUGUGAUGGUGGAAAGUGAUUCGUACAUGCAAUUUCGUCGAAUAUUACGAAAGAAAUAUGCUUAGUGAAAAUUCAUUUAAAUAUACAUUUGUUAAAGAUUUCUGGGAAAGUGUGUUCCGGUAGGCUUAUUGGUUUGUGAAGACAAAAUGCAAAGUAUUUAUCUGUGAUCUAUUAUAAUCAUGAGUACGAUGAAGAACCCAAAUCCAUCGUCUUCGAAAGUGGCUUUGUUAAGCCACAUUAAAUACGAGCACCUGGUAGCUGGUAUAUCGGGUGGCGUUACGUCUACGCUGAUACUGCACCCUUUGGACCUCAUUAAAAUUAGAUUUGCUGUGAAUGACGGCCGGACCGCCACAGUGCCGAGGUACGACGGGCUCAGCAGCGCAUUCGUGACCAUAGUGAAGAAAGAGGGGGUGAAGGGGCUGUACAGAGGAGUCACGCCCAACGUGUGGGGCUCCGGCUCCGCUUGGGGAUUCUAUUUCUUAUUCUACAACGCAAUAAAAACAUGGAUCCAGGGCGGCAACGCGCGCAACCCGCUCGGGCCCGGCAUGCAUAUGCUCGCCGCCGCCGAGGCCGGAGUCCUAUCCCUCAUCAUGACCAACCCCAUCUGGGUGGUGAAGACGAGACUCUGCCUGCAGUACAGUGAAGAACAUGUUGCUGACAAUAAGAGAUACAAGGGAAUGGUGGAUGGACUGUGCAAGAUUUAUAGGACUGAGGGAGUUAGGGGAUUAUAUCGGGGCUUCGUGCCUGGCAUGUUCGGCGUGUCGCACGGCGCGCUGCAGUUCAUGACCUACGAGGAGAUGAAGAACCGCUACAACCAGUACCGGAACCUGCCCAUUGACAUUAAACUGACGUCAGUGGAAUACCUGACGUUCGCCGCCGUGUCCAAGCUGAUAGCGGCAGGCGCCACGUACCCGUACCAGGUGGUGCGCGCGCGCAUGCAGGACCAGCACCGCGCCUACCGCGGCGCCUGGCACUGCGUCACCGAGACCUGGAGCCACGAGGGAUGGCGCGGGUUCUACAAGGGUCUGAAGCCGAACCUCAUUCGAGUGGUGCCGGCCACCAUGAUCACCUUCCUCACCUACGAGAACGUGUCGCACUACAUGCUGCGCCGCGGACGGGAGAUCGCACUGCCUUCCUAAAUGUACCAACUGACUG